AUCCAGCCUGCCUUCCUUGUAACGCGAAUCACAUUUUGGGUCGGGUCCGAACCCUCUCGCAGAACCAAGAGAAUCAGUAUAUUACCGGUAGCAGUAGGCACUUUUCUUCUUCUCUCCUCUUCAACUUCAACUCCUGAGUGGUUCCGUUCAAAUAAUUUUGGUUUUUCCCUUUUUUUUUUUUUUCUUUUUUUGUGGAUAUCUGAGGCGCUUUGAGUUAUGAGAUAUCACUGACGAUUUAAGAAAAUGAGCAUUGUGCCCAAGGAGAACAUUGAGGUCAUAGCACAAAGCAUUGGGAUUAACAACUUGUCUUCUGAUGUUGCACUUGCUCUUGCUCCCGAUGCGGAAUAUCGAAUGCGUGAGAUCAUGCAGGAGGCCAUCAAAUGCAUGCGUCACUCUAAGAGAACGACAUUGACAGCAGAUGAUGUUGAUGCUGCACUGAAUAUGAGAAAUGUUGAGCCAAUAUACGGCUUUGCCUCUAUGGGUCCUUUGCGGUUCAAAAGAGCUAUUGGGCAGAGGGAUUUGUUUUACAUUGAUGACAAGGAUGUCGAUCUUAAAGAUGUGAUUGAGACUCCUUUACCAAAGGCACCUCUUGAUACAGCAGUUCAUUGUCACUGGCUAGCUAUUGAAGGUGUACAACCUGCUAUUCCGGAAAAUGCUUCUGUAGAAGUAAUUGCAGCUCCUUCUGAUGGCAAGAAGCUUGAACAGAAGGAACAGAAGGAUGAUGGACUUCCUGUUGAUAUUAAAUUACCAGUUAAGCACGUAUUGUCUAGGGAGCUUCAGCUUUACUUUGACAAAAUCACCGAGCUUACCAUGAAUAGCUCGGAUUCGGUCCUCUUCAAACAAGCAUUAGUUAGUUUGGCCACAGACUCAGGACUUCAUCCUUUGGUUCCAUAUUUCACCUAUUUUAUAGCUGAUGAGGUAUCUCGUGGUUUAAGUGAUUAUUCCCUUCUCUUUGCUUUGAUGCGUAUUGUGCGUAGUCUUCUUCGAAAUCCUCAUAUUCACAUAGAACCUUAUCUACACCAAUUGAUGCCUUCUGUGGUUACAUGCCUUGUUGCAAGAAGGUUGGGAAAUAGGUUCGCAGACAACCACUGGGAACUGAGAGACUUCACUGCAAACCUGGUUGCUUCAAUAUGCAAAAGAUUUGGGCAUGUUUAUAGUAAUCUCCAGACACGCCUGACAAAAACUUUGCUCAAUGCAUUUUUGGAUCCCAAACGAGCAAUGACUCAACAGUAUGGUGCUAUUCGAGGAUUGGCAGCCUUAGGACCCACUGUGGUUCGCAUUCUUAUACUGCCAAAUCUUGAGCCAUACAUGCGACUUCUUGAACCAGAGAUGCUUCUUGAGAAACAAAAGAACGAGAUGAAGAGACAUGAAGCUUGGCGUGUUUAUGGAACCCUGCUGCAUGCAGCAGGUCAAUGUCUGUAUGAUCGGCUCAAGGUUUUCCCACCCCUAUCAUCCCAACCAGCGCGUGCAGUAUGGAGGACCAAUGCAAGAGUCAUUGGCACAGCACUAAAUAAACGCAAGAGCAUGGAGCAAGUGGAAGAGCAGUCACCCCACAAGAAAAUAGCAACUGAUGGUCCAAUUCUUGCAGAUUUAAGCAAUUCUUCCCCGCCUCACAUGGAAGGGAAAGCUUUGCUUCCAGAUUCUACGGUUGAUUCCAAUGUGGGCCCAUCCUCAUCCUCUAGACAGAUGCUUGAUGAGAUAAUGUUGGAUGGCAGAGGGAGGAGAGACGAGGGUGAUAAUCAAGCUCUGAAUGCAUCAGCCAUGCUCACUCAGAUAUGGAAGAACGACUUGGAUUCUGGGCGUCUCCUGGACUUCUUGUUUGAUCAGUUUGGUGAAGGCAUAUUAUCCUUCAUUCCAGCUCCAGAGAUGUCUUUGUUCUUAUGACCAUUUGUACAGAUACUAGCACUUAUCGGCAAGUUUAUGUAAUACAUAAAUAUAGAACUUUUAGCCCCUUCGAUUGACCCUAUGUUUGACAACAUUGUUAGUAGUUAGAUCCAAUAUUAUCAAUGA